CCCGAAGUUGUUUUUUGCCUCAAAGUUCUUGGGAGCGGGAAGUUUGUCCGUCCACGUUUUUUGGCGCUGUUUAGUCUUAGGAAUAAUGGUAAAGUACUCGUGGGAACCAAAAGAUGAGGAUGAAGGUAAAACUUGCAAAGCAAGAAUCCCAUACCUGAGGACUCAUUUCAAAAACAUGCAUGAGUGUGCUUGUGCAGUGAAGGGAAUGACUCUCCAGCGAGCACAAACUUACUUGAAAAAUGUCAUUGAGAAGAAAGAGAUUAUCCCUUUCCGCCGAUUCAAUGGUGGCGUCGGUCGUCAUGCUCAAGCAAAAGUCUGGAAAACAACUCAGGGUAGAUGGCCCAAAAAGUCUGCUCAAAUGCUACUUCAGCUUCUGCACAAUGCAUUCAGCAAUGGUGUAUACAAAGACAUAAAAGGAGGAGAAGCCAGUCGUUUGUACAUCAAACACAUCCAGGUCAACCAAGCACCUAAAAUGCGACGUCGUACAUAUCGUGCCCACGGUCGUAUUAAUCCUUACAUGUGUUCACCAUGCCAUGUAGAAGUCAUACUUGCUACGAAAGACGAUAUUGUUCCUAAGGUACCUGCAGCUGCUCCACAGUUAGUAAAGAAGAAGGAAUCUAAGAAAAAGAUAAAGAAACAACUAAUGAAGGAGAGUGCUGGUUUUUAAUUAUCUAAAUAUAUAUGACUGGAUAAUUUAGCAAUUUCUAGUUUUCUUGAUUCAUAAAGCAAAUUGAAUCUUAGCGAACCAGAAAUCUUACUCAUGCGUAAUAAGUUUCUAUGUUAACCGUAUCAUUCUGUUCCUACCUUGUUAGCGAAGCUACAUUAUCUCGUACUGUAACUUUAAAGUAGUAAAUGUGUUGAAAUCUUGCCAUUGUUAUCUCAUAUUGCUUCGGUUAUUGGAUCAUACUUUUUAGUUCCUUAUCGAUCUUUAGCCAUGUAUCUAGUGUCUCAGAAGAGGUUAAAUUAUGUAUUUAUGCCUAACCAGCUGCAACGUUUGACUACAGUUGGUUACCGUGAUAUCAUGUAAGUCCUUUGUAGCCACAGACAUGAUUGUCAUAAAUCUUUUUUACUUAACGAAAUCCUUAGGUUCUACAUUUUACUAGUUGUGUAGCUGGCUGUUCUUGUUAUAUGGAAAAACGUUUUUACUUGUCCAACCUUCAGUUGUUUGGUAUUUGUUCAUCCCUGUGUUGUUUUCUAAAUGUGACUUGAUUUCAAAAGUUCACCCAGAAACACCUACGUCUUAAAAGUCGUAAUUGGCUCAGAAUCGGCAAUAGUUCUUAUUUGUGGAGUGUUAGCCAUCAAAUUGGUUGCUGUACAAAUUAAUUGGUGUAUCUCGAAACUGGAAAUAUUUUCUGUUUUUAGAAAAAUAUCUCGGAGUUUUGCGUAUUAUCGUACCUGCUUCACUCGUGUAUCACGAACUAAAUUAUAUUUGCUUUGGUUUUUGUCCACUUUCAUAUAUGUUGUGCUCUUAAUUUCCUUCGUAACACGUGUUAUUCGAGAUGACUUACAUUAAUUCUAUCAACAGCGAUAGAUCAGGCGGUCAUACUCUGUCAAACGAUACACAACGCUCAUAGUCAGCCGCUUGAAUGUCAGGUUAUAUAGUUCCCCUAAAAAUAUUAAUGUCGUUUGCUCAAAAGUUAAUUAGUUUACAAUGUGCUGGCACUACACUUUCGUAUAGUUAUUUUCUCCAGUUACUAAUCUGUUGGUAUGCUUUCGAGAUUAACGAUAUUUAGUUUUUUGGAAUUAUGAUUAACCCUUCAAGUAUUGGUUUUUAUUUUUGAGGUGUUUCAGUUUCCUGCUAAUACUGAAGUCUCAGAAUACCUAGAAUCUUUAAGAAUUGUUAUAUAAGUGGUCAGUAUGAUCAUAUUCAAGUGUUAUAUUAAUCUUAUUCUCAUGUGAAAUCAUUUUUGAUUUCAAGCACUUUUCCAAACGAAACAACCCAAGUUUUUAUUUGCAGUGUAAAUUAGAGGUCACUUUUGGAAAAAUUGUUAACUUAUUGUUCUCAAUACGACUUAAACUAAGUGUUCACUGGACUCAUUUGAAAUAGGCAAGAGACUAAUUGUAACCGACGAACUAAACACCUUAAAAUAGCGUUUUCAUGCAACAAAACUGCCUCAUCAUUUGUUCUUUCAGGAAUUUUACUGGUGUAUUGAAAUUAAUAAAUAGAAUUCAGUCAGCUACAACGUAGGACCA